AUGGGUUAUGUUCCCAUGUACCUGUAUAGAGUCCUCACCCUCCUUGACCUGUAUAAUCUACAAAAGUCAUCUUUGGGGCAAACAAGCAGGAAAGAGGAGUUGCCAAAGCCAGGAGUCUACCCCUUGGAGUGCACCAACAUCGGUGCCCUGAUUGGAUUGGGAAUUGCUGCCCUUGUUUUACUUGCCUUUGUCAUCAGCGUCUGUGUACUUUGCUAUCUAUUUCUGCAUACAAAGCCUCAAAGGUUAGACACUGGCCUUAAACUUCAACACCUAGAGGUUUCUUCCACUCAAGAAGGCAACUCAAAUAGGAAAAUCAAAACCCCCAAUUCAAACGCAGCAUCAAAUUCAACAAAUGAAACAAUCUAUGAAGCUGAUGAUGUAAUUGAGGAAAAAACAAUGGAUACAACACAAAUCAACAUCGUGUAUUAUUAAAAAUCCUGUGUUAUAAAAGCUCACAGGAGAGAUGGAACAGUAAAAAUAAAGUGCAUUUUAAAUAGUUCGUAAUACUUUUAAAAAAUUCACCACUCACAAAGCAAAACAUAGCUGCAUUUUUAUCAAUCUUUUGAUUAAACACCCACUAAGGAUUUAAUAGAUUUUCAUGUACAUAAGUUUACUUUUACUUGCUAAUUAAAAUGUACAUUAUACAAAAUUAUGUUAGUACUUUAGGUAAAGUUAAAUAAUUUAUCAAUUAGCAGAUAAGCAAGCCUAUCUCAGUGAGAAACAAUGAGACAUAUUACCAGAAUUUCACGACUUUUUGGUACUUAGAGGCAGUUAUUUUUUUAAAGCGAUGGUACAGAUAGGUAGAUUUUGGGAGAAUGGUCUUAUAAACUAGAGGUGGAAUGCUCUUAAGUCUCUUAAAAGUCAACCCAAGCCUUUUUUUAGAGGAUUUGCUGGCACACUCACCAUAUAUUUAUUGCCUUUAUAAAAGCUAACAUUCAAAACCAAAAUAUAUUACAAUGUAUAACCUGCAUAAUACAUGUUUUCUGCAUACUGAAGGAUAACCAUGACAAAAGUCCUCACUGAGAAAAUUCCUGGAUCUACCUAAUGCCACUGCGACAGCUACAAAUAAACUACAGUUUCUGCAAAUUAUAAUUGUCUUAAAAGAUUUUUUUUCCCUUAAGUGAUAUUUCUAUUACAAGAACACAGACUUGGUUUUAUAAUAGAAUUCAAAAGGAAAAAGGAAUCAUUUUAAGCUGGCUCUGCCGAACACAUACAUCUCUGUGUUGCAUAAAGUCUGCAGUUGGAAGACUUGUCUUCUUCAAAAGUGGUGAAUAUAGCUUCGGUGUUCUGAUAGGAAAAAAAAAAUGCUUUAUUGCUCUCAGGGAUAGAACUUUUGAUCAUUAGGUGGCCAAAAUUUCUACCAAGAACUGGGGGUAUCUUCUAAACGAGUGCUGUGCAGUGGAAGUUUCUGAGAAGAUGGGAAUGUCCUUUCUCUAUGUGCAUGGUCUGGCAGGGUAGCCACUCCACACUGUGGCUACUGAGCACUUGAAAUGUGACCAAUGCAACGGAAUACAGUUUUAUUUUUUUAGUUAAUUUAAAUUUAAAUAGCCACAUGUGGUUAUACUGACAUCAUAGUUCCAGAUGUAACGUCUACUGCCUGUUAUAUUUUACGUUUCAAAAAAGCGCAAUUUGGUCAGUGUUUAGAUAUUAAGAUUGCUUAGAGUGCAUGGGAAGUUUGGAAGUUAAAACACUACAUUACAAAAAUUUUCAUGUGGUCACAAAAGCCAAGAAUUUUCAUUUCUUUUUGUGAAAGCAUGUAUAGCAUUUGUGGUACUUCUUGAUCUUUUAGCUAGCUUGAUUUAAAAAAAUUCCAGAAAGUCAGCUAUCUUAAUGCACACGUUAAUAAUUAUAUUACUAAUUAGAUGUUGCCUCUGGUGAAAAUAAACGUAGGUUUAGUUAAGGCACUGGUAUAGUUCUACUUUUCUGCUCAAGGGGAAGGACACAGGCCAUAAAUGACAUAAGAAGUAGGAAACUUAAGAUUCAGGGUCUGCAAAAUGCUCAUGGUCCCAACUCCUGACCUGUGGGACAGGCAUGGGCUGGGCGUGGCUGGAUGCUUCAUGGGUGUGCUCUGGGAGACACAUCCCAGUCUCAGGCACUGCAUAUUUUUAAAAAAUAUAUUUUAUUGAUUUUUUACAGAGAGGAAGGGAGAGGGAUAAAGAGU